AUGGCCUACAACAAAAGCUACAACCCCGAUGCGCUGCCAGCGUAUCGAGCAGCCAAAGCCAGCUCCCAAGCCAGAGCCAGAAGCCUCUGCCAUCUCGACCACCGCCGCAAGCAGGCCCCGCUGGCGUGCCACCUCGUGUUCCGGUCUCCAGCGCCCCUCCACACCAGGGAUAUAAGUCCCCUCCCCCCGCGCCCGCAGGAUCCCCAUGCCUCGCAUUCCUUCACCGGGCGCCCUUCGCCUGCCAAUCCUCCCUCCUCCCAAUACCGGCCGCACCCAUUGCAUCCAUCGCCACCACCGCAGAACUACGGCUUUGGCCCGCCACCCUCGCAACCGCACCGCAAUCGACCCCCGCCCUCGUCGCGCCCUCCACAGUCUCCCCAGCCUCCCCCACUGUCAGCACCAACCAGUGAUGACCCGCAACAGCUCUUCCCGCUGUUUCGGGCGGCCAAUUCGUCGCACUCGGGCUCGCUGACAGAGCACGAACUGGGCUCUGCCCUCGUCAAUGGCGACUAUACCUCCUUUCACCCGCGGACGGUGAAGAUGAUGAUCCGUAUGUUCGACCGCGAUGGCAAUGGGAUUAUCAACUUUGACGAGUUUGUCUCGCUGUGGCGGUAUCUGGCGGCGUGGCGGGAACUGUUUGAUCGCUUCGACAUGGACCGCAGCGGCCGGAUUAGUCUGCAAGAGUUUGAGAAUGCGCUCGUCGCAUUUGGAUACCGUCUGAGCCCGAAGUUUGUCUCCGUGUUGUUUUCUACCUUUGAGAGUAAGGCGCGUCAGUUGAAUGCUCCGCCGCGGAGUCCCCAUCACAGCGGCAUGAGCUUCGAUCUCUUUGUGCAGGCGUGCAUCAGCUUGAAGCGCAUGACGGAUGUGUUCAAGCGGUAUGACGAUGACCGCGAUGGAUAUAUUACCGUGAGCUUUGAGGAGUUCUUGACUGAAAUCCUUCAACUCCAAGAUUAG